GGCAGAUGUUGCUUUUCCUCUUUUUGUUCUAAUCUAGAGAGGCAUGAAUGCACAACUAAGACUCUGGCUCCCAAUUAUUCUAUGGCUUUGGCUUGGCCAAGAGCUGCAAGAUGUGGCAGCAGGCUCAGGUCCAAAUGCUGAUCUCUCUGAUGCAAACCUGAUGUUUGAGAUUUUACUGAGUGGGGUUGAGUUAAAUAAGGAUAACAAUGUUUUCCUGUUGGACGAAGAGCUGGCAUCGAUGAGGAAAGGGCGGGAAUUCUUGUCUCAGAUCAAUGAUGGCAUUCCAAGGACUCUGAUCUCGACAGAGCUCAUGAUAAAGACACAGGAGGCUCGUCUGAAAACUCCUCUGACUCGGGAUCAGUUUGAGAAUCAGGUUCUGAGCAUGGUGUACUCUGCUCUGCAGACUGGGGUGCAGAGGAACAAGGAGGAGCGAGAGGCUUGGGGUGGAGUGCUUAUCCAGCUGGCAAACAUCACCACCUAUGACUUACGGGGAGGUUUUCUCUACAAUUAUGCUUAAAGAAAUCAUAAAGAUGGAAGCUUGGAUAUUAAAAUUAUACAGGAAACAUUUUU